AUGUCUCAUCAAACUUCAAAGUUCAUCACUCUCUUCUUCUGCGCAACUGCAAUGGCUCUAAUGACCCGCCCAACAGCUACAGCCACUGCACCCGCAAUUACAGCCCACACAGGCAUAAUUCCCCCAGCAUGCACUUGCGGCUUCUUCUGCGUCGGCAUAAUGGCCGUUCUCCCCUGUGAAGAUGAAGAUCCCCACCUCCCCGCAGUAACAGCACCUCCAGCCAUAACCGUAGCUCCACGUCUUUACUGCACCGAUGGCUCGACAAUCCUGCACACAACCGAUUGCACGAUGGGUACAUCGGUUUCCUAUUGCUUCAAGCCGGAUCCGCCUAUCUCGUGCGAAGAUGGCUAUUUCCCUUCCGUCUGGCAUCCAGAUCACUGUUUGGAGCAAUCAACCUGUUUCCCGCUUGACGCUGUCUGGAUAACGACGGAGUGUUCGAACGGAGCUAUUCCGUACACGACAACGACGCUUUAUGAUGGAAUGCUUGCUGGGACGUCGACUGUUGUUAGUGCGGUUUCUUGUUCCUGCGCAACUGAUCAAUGGUAUAGUAUGACCAUGUUGGAUGGGGGUUCGGAGCUCGAUACUUUCUGUAUGCCUUAUCAGUCUUGUCCACCUGGUAUGACUACUUCUAUUAGUAUUAAUGAGUACUGCGCUACGGCUACGGCGGAUGUUUGUCGUGAUGUUCCUACUGAGACUUCGUACUGUCGCUGUGCUGAUCCGACUGAGGUUCCUGUUUAUCCGGGGCAGCCUGGUGGGACGGCUAUUGGAUGUGCAUAG